AUCUUGCUAAGAAAACAAGAAUUUCAAGGGAUAGGUUAAACAGCAGGCAGGCAGGCAGGCUAGGAGGGCGCGCGCACCUGACCGAACGAAAGAAUACGCAACAAAAGUAAAAGAAAACCUUCAUUGAUCUUCUAUUCAUCAAUACAUUAAUUGAUAAUGGAAAAUACACUUCUCCUUGUAAUUUUCUCCCUACUUACUUCUCUAUUAACCUUUAUCUUAACAAUCACGUCCCGCGAGAUAAUCAAUGGCAGAAGGACCCGACAGAGGGCUGUCGGUUUCUUCCAUCCAUACACAAACGAUGGUGGCGGUGGAGAAAGAGUGUUAUGGUGUGCCGUGAAAGCAAUUCAAGAAGAAAGUCCUGAUCUUGACUGUGUUAUUUACACAGGAGACCAUGAUUCCUCUUCAGAAAGCUUGAUGUCUCGUGCCCUUGAUCGAUUUGGUGUCCAAUUACUUACCCCUCCAAAGGUGGUGCAUUUGUAUAAAAGGAAGUGGAUCGAAGAAACUAGUUAUCCUCGGUUUACUAUGAUUGGUCAAAGCUUUGGAUCAGUUUACUUAAGUUGGGAGGCUUUGUGCAAGUUUACUCCUUUGUAUUAUUUUGAUACUAGCGGAUAUGCUUUCACAUACCCAGUUGCUAGAUUGUUUGGUUGCAAAGUUAUUUGUUACACGCAUUACCCUACGAUCAGUUUGGAUAUGAUUUCUCGUGUUCGUGAUCGGAGCUCCAUGUACAAUAACGAUGCUUCAAUUGCCAGGAGUGGUUGGCUAUCAUGGUGCAAGAUCAUCUACUAUACACUGUUUAGUUGGAUGUAUGGAUUUGUAGGCUCUUGUGCACACCUUGCAAUGGUGAACUCUUCAUGGACCCAGUCUCAUAUUGAAAAGCUUUGGAGAAUUCCAAGUCGUAUUAAGCGAGUGUAUCCUCCUUGUGACACAUCAGGGCUUCAGGUGCUUCCUUUGGAAAGACCGGCCACAACUCCGAUAUUUAUUUCUGUGGCUCAGUUUCGUCCUGAGAAGGCCCACCCUCUUCAACUCGAGGCCUUUUCAUUGGCCAUCAGGAGGUUAGAUGCAGACAUGCCGAGACCUAUACUCCAGUUUGUUGGUAGUUGCAGAAACAAAUUUGAUGAGGAUAGGCUGCAGAAGUUGCAGGACAAAGCAGUUGAACUGAAUGUAGAUGGGGAUGUACAAUUCUACAAGAAUGUGAUGUAUAGGGACUUGGUGAGACUUUUGGGAGGUGCAGUAGCAGGAAUGCAUUCUAUGGUAGAUGAACACUUCGGCAUUAGUGUUGUGGAGUAUAUGGCUGCAGGCGCCGUGCCAAUUGCUCAUAAUUCUGCUGGGCCAAAAAUGGACAUUGUUCUAGAAGAAGAUGGGCAGCAAACGGGAUUUCUUGCCCAGAAUGUAGAUGAGUAUGCAGAAGCCGUCCUCAAAGUUUUAAGGAUGCCAGAAACUGAGAGACUCAAGAUCGCUGCAGCUGCGAGGAAACGUGCAGGCAGAUUUUCUGAGCAAAGAUUUUAUGAAGAUUUAAAAGCUGCAAUUCAACCCAUAUUAAACCAUGUUUCCAGAUGAUGAUUAGCAACAUUUAUAGUAUAGAACAGAGGAGCAUUGGUGGUGUUAAAUUAACUCUAAUUUAUAGCCACAACCAUCCAUGCUUAACACUGGCCUUUUGCACUAACGGUGUCAAAUCUUGGGAUAGAAAAAUCUUUUGGUGCAUGGCAAGCUCACCGGAGGAGCAUUAAUCAUAUCAAAUGACCUGUUGUUCUUCAGUCCUGUAUAUCUGCUGUUCUCUACCAGAAACAUUAAUAAAUAGACAAAAUUGAAUACUGAUUUCCACA